AUGAGCACUACAAAUCUCAUCAAAACCGUUCGAGGACUUGAGCAAACAGGACCAGGAGAAAAGGGCGAAAAUCUACAGCGGCUUUGGAGUGGCCUUGCUGCAUCAUGUGAUGGCCGCUUUCAUGCUGCAGAGGAGAGCACCUUGCGAUGGCUCCUCAAAUCCAUGAACGGUUCUGCUCCAACUGCCGAAACCUUGAGGCGAUACCCUUUGUCAUGGACAAUUCUGGCCUGCGUCUUCCAACGAAUUCCCCUCUAUCCUCUUGCCAAGUCGUUAGCCGAUAGAAAAUUCAUGGCCGUGCUGCAGCAGGCACUAAAGGACGCAUCCAAUCCCGCCGCUGGGUUCUCGUCCACCCCCUCGAAGCGAAAACGAACGCCGACGACCGACUACAUCUUGGAGGAGUUGCAAUCGCAACAUGGGUGCCUGGAGACGGCGCAUGCGCUGUUUGACUCGUUGAAGACACUGCUGGAUCGUCUAGAGAUCACCGAGGGGGGUUACUCACGGGACAAGAUUGGCGCCGAGCACAUCAAGUCACUCUUCGGCACUCCGGCAGCAGAAUCAGCACGCAUCGUGGCGCCAGCGUUGCACACUUGCGCCAUCCUUUUGAGCGACCGUUUGGCGGACAAUUUCGAUGGAGCCCAAGACAGGAUCCGUAUCAUUUCGUCCAUCUGGGACCUUCACUUGCAAGGUAGCGACGACACCCUCGAAGUGGCAACCCAUCUCUUCCGGCCAGCGGCAACCAUACUUGGCAGGCUCGGCGCAUUCUCCUCAACUCAUGCGGUCGAUACACCCGACCUUCUAACGACACGUUGGACCGGAGACCUUGUGGCGUUCAUGCACAGAAACUUCAUUCUGCCCGGAAGAUUAGCUUUCGUCAACAUGCAAACUUUCGAGCCAUUUCGCAAUGCUCUGGACAUCACGACAGAUAUAAUUCACGUAUCCGGUCCUGCCUUGUACUACCUCGCAUCUGGAGUCUCAAGCCGAGUGACCGAAGGCGACCUCCGCAAGAACAACGCGGAAUGGAUGAAAAGGAUAUUCCAAGCCGUCGAACCUAUCAUCAGGAAUCGGUCGGAUCGGAGCACGCUCUUGCAGUCUAUUCUCGAGCUAGCUGUACAGAAUUCCACCCCGGUCGAUGCGGAAGACCUUCGGCGGAUAUGCCGCGACUACGCGUUGCAAGGAGCAGAGACCAAUUGGCAAUUGAUGUCCAAAGCGGCCAAGUGCGAACCGGACAUCUUUCAGCUGUCUGAUGAAGGUGUCAAAUUACGGGGAGACGUAUGCGAAAGGAUUGCUGAGCAAACCCUAGGCGAUGGCCAUGAUAGGAAUGCUGUCCUGGACGUCGUUGGCGCCAUCUCGGAAGGGUUUCGAACGAGACGCGACUUCCCGAGCUUUCUGCAAUUGUGGUAUGAACAGCUGUGCGCAGCUGAAGGGCAAAACCUGGACGCCCAUUCACCAUGGUUUGAACUUGCGCAACUCACCGCCACCAAGCAGCCAUUUCAUUCUUUCGUGGAAUCCGAGCUCUCACCCUCUCAGCUGCUCGAUGUGAUUGCAUGGGCCGAGGCGCAGAAGCCGAAGUCGCACCCAAAGGCCACCUGUGUAUUCGCAAGCACACUUGUUCAAGGACUACGAAGCGAGUCGUUUGUAGAUGCGGUGGGGCGCAGGCUCUUCGAUUUGGUCGCCCCCAUCAAGAGCUCUCCUCGUACCGCCCUCAAAUGGACAGUCGUGUCCAGGACCAUCUCCUGGGUUUCGCCAAAUGACAGAGCCGACGUUUGGAGCUCGGUCAAGAGUCGGAUGGCCAAAAUCCUGAAGUCCUCGCCAAUAUUUUCCACCGAAACCUUUGAAGCAUUCAAAUGUUGUCACCAGGUUUGGGAUUCGAUGUACCCCGAUGACGAGCAUAUGACCGAAGCGGCCACCUUGGUCGAAGUCUUCAGCAGGCGGCUCGCGGCCGAGAUUGCCUCAGAUAAGAGCUUGCAGAGGAGCGAGCUCUCUACAGCUGAUGCUGGUGCCAAGUUAGAUCUGUCAGCCAGAACUGCAUAUAAGCAAUACCUAUCUUGGCAUCUAUCCGCUGCCAGCAGGUUCAGUACGAUGUACUACAGAAAGAAGGAGGAACUGCCACCCAUCGUGGCCAAUGCUCUGUCGACGGAAAAGGGUACUGAGCUGCAGUUGCUUUGGGAUACGAUUCUGCGCAAUGAAGUGAAUCUAAGCGACGGAAAACUUACGAUAGAUCUUGUUGAUCGUCUGGUCGUCGCGCUGGAAGAUUCCGAGGAGAAGAAGGGAUGGCCACGCGAGGAGGGUCAGAUGUGGAUAAACACCCUGACAGGCAUUCCGCUCGAUGCGUACAAUCGUGCGCAGCGCGAGAGGCUCAUGAUGGCCCUGAGCAAACGAAGGGUCAAGAUGGUCAAAUCCCCGAAACGGAUAUCGUUGGAUGCCUGGAAACUGGUGCUGACACUAGAGACUAAACUAAUGGCACGGCCCACAUUCUAUCCCGGUAUGAGCUUCGCACACCUCGUCGAGCUCGCUGAGGCGAUUCCUACCGUCACCCUGGAACGAUCAACGGAGCAUCUGGCUUUUCUUGAACUGGUUGAGAGAUUUUCUCUCCUGGCUGCUGCGACGAUCAGACAAAUGGCGGAAAACAUCGACGGUCGAAGUCUCGAAUACUUUCAAGGGGCCUCAGCAUUCGUAUCUGACUGCGUAGGGCACGCCGCAUCUCAAAGAGACGGUGGAAAGACAGCACGACCGUUAUUCAUGACGCUACUGAAGUCUCUCACUGCCGAACUCGCGCGUUCACCUAACUGCCACAACCAUGCGGAACUUGGCCCCCUGUUGGAUAUCUCAAGAUCGACAUUAGCGAAAUUCGUCCUGGCCAUGGCCAACAAUCUCUUGUCUGAUAAACAGCUGUUGGGUGCUCAGGAUCCUCUCGCCGAUAUGGCGCUCUUCGCUGCAGUUGAUGCGGCCAGUCAAGCCGGAGAUCUCGUGGGGCGGGUGGAUGCAAAAUCUUCUUUCAUCCGGAAGCUCGAAGCCCAAAGCAAGCAGCUAAUGCAAGAUGGAGACUUGAGAGGAUGGAAGAUUCAAGUUUUACUACGAUAUUUGUUCAAGGAGGACGAAGUGCCCCGCCCUGCAACGUACGACGGCUUGGAAAAACUGCCGAGUCAGCUUCGGGAACCUCUCUUGAAGGAGCAUGUGCAGUCUAUUACGGGGAAUGCGGACGAAACAACUCGACUGCAGUACCUGAAGGAGCUUCUUCCCGAGCCUGAUCAAAGUUUCAACGCAGUCGGCCAACUUCUUGCCAUCCAAGCAGUCGUAGAUCAACUCUUAGAUUCAGCAGACGUCCGAACCCAGACCAAGGGGUUUAGCUUGGCGGCAGCUCAUAGCCAGUUAACGAUUUCUUUGAUGAAAGGAUCAUCUCACGCCCGGCAUAUCUGCCGCAUCCUGCGCGCUCUGCUGGAGAAGAGACCGCAAGCUAUGGGUCAGUGGAACAUUGAGCUCACGCUGGAUGCGGUCUGUCUCCUAUCCGCGCCGGAAAACGACAGCUCUGACGUACCCUUUUCCUGGCUGUGCAAGCUGGUCGAGGUCAUCAUCAAGAAGCACAGACUCCGGCUCGAGGGUCACUACCACCUGCUACUGAGCACAAUCCAGGCGCUUCUUCGAAAUCUGAUCAUAAUGCAAGCCGCCAAAGACGAUGACGAUGGGUUGUCACAAGAGUCAAAGGCGCAAUCUUACGCCCGUCUCAUCACCCUGAUCUGCGAACCUACGGCUGGUGCUGUCUCACGUUCUCAGCUCCACAGUGCCUUGGACUCCGUCACGGAUGCAGCUAAACGCUCCGCUGGCAGGCACAUGUACAUGGUCCUGAUAAACUACGUCAAGUUGCAGCUGGAAGACAAUGUCCCCAGAGCCACCAGGGAGGCACUUGAGCCGGCGAUGAACUCGAUCUUCGGCAUCACUUCGCCGGCGGGCAGAAAGAUUCUUAACGAUGCCAUGGAUGAGAGCGGAAGGGCCAUUUUGCGGGAAAUGUUCAAGCGGUAUGUCAAAUUUGGCAAGUGGAGCGGCGUAUAG